UACAUUGUGCUGGAGGAUGUUACUGUAGAAGAUCAGGCAUACAGACAUACAGAGAGAGAGAGACACAUACUGAUCACUCGCAUCCAGGAACAGAGACAGAGAGACAGGCACAGAGAGAGAGAGAGCUGACUCCUGCGAUCAUCACCAAAUAAAGUGGACCUUUCUCUCCCAGCUGCUCCCGGGUCUAAAGGGGAACUGAGGCAAUUCGCAAGACGAAGGAGCGACCCAACCAUCCAUCCGUAUCGCGAGGGAACUUUGCAAUUUCUGCCCUGUCUUCCGGCAACUGUAUAUUGUUGUUUCGCUGGAGAGCGGACGGGCAUUCGGCUCUGCAGUAAACCCCUCUGGACUUUCCCCAAGUGAAUUGCCUGGGCUUUCUAUGUCUACAAAGAUGGAACAACCAUUUUACCACGACGAUUCCUUCUUUACGGGCUACGGGGCUUCCGAUGGGGCUCUACACGAGUACGGGUCCAAAUACUUGAAGCCCAAUCUUAAUCUCAACCUGGUAGAACCAUCCAGGUCGCUGAAACCCCAGCCCAGGAACCCAGAGGACGGCCUGUUGAACGGUGGCGACUCGGGACUCUUGAAACUCGCCUCUCCCGAGUUGGAGCGUCUCAUUAUCCAAUCCAGCAAUGGGGUGAUCACCACCACGCCCACCCCUGGCCAGUAUUUCUGUGCGAGGAACAUCACGGACGAGCAGGAGGGGUUCGCGGACGGCUUCGUGAAGGCGCUGGAAGAGUUGCAUAAAAUCAACCAUGUCGCACCCAAUGUGUCCAUCGCCGGCCCAGGCAUGAACUGCAACGCCAACAAUGCCUACGGGAGCUCGGUGCCUUCGGAGGUGCCACCAGUCUAUACGAACCUCACCGCCUACAAUUCCAACGCCAUCUCGGCCGGCGCAAGUUACCCCACGGCCACCAUCAGCUACCUGCCUCCCCAGCCGCUCGGCUACAACCUGGCCCCGGUGCCCGUGGGUCACCCGAGGUUGCAGACCCUCAAGGAAGAGCCGCAGACGGUGCCCGAAGUCCAGAGCCGAGGAGAGACCCCGCCACUCUCGCCCAUCGACAUGGAGAACCAAGAGCGCAUCAAGGCGGAGAGAAAACGCAUGAGGAAUCGCGUGGCCGCUUCCAAAUGCCGCAAGAGGAAAUUGGAAAGGAUAGCCCGGCUUGAAGACAAAGUGAAGACGUUGAAAUCGGACAAUGCGGGGUUGGCAUCCACCGCCACCGUCCUGCGAGACCAGGUCUCCCAGUUGAAACAAAAAGUCAUGACUCACAUCAGCAGUGGGUGCCAAAUAGUAUUAACCCAGAAACUGCAGGGCUUCUGAGCAAGAGAGAUAGAGAGACAGACGGAGAUAAAGGGGUACGGAAGAUAAAACUGGCUUCUUGCUGCCUCGGGGAGCAAGGGGAAGAUAUCUUUCUGAAGCACUGGUCCGAAAUAAACAGGAGGGGGUAGUGAACUGGCCGGCGCCGGGCAGAGUCGCACAGGAGAUCAGGACUCUUUCUUGGACUUGGUGUACAGAAAAAAGGUGCCUGGUAUUUGUCGACAUGCUGCGCGCACCCCACCGCUCGUUUGUAAAUUAUUUUUCUUUCCCUCUCGUUUUCGAGUAUGAUUUUCUCCCUGGUUUAGUUUCAACAAGCUGGGGCUCAACAUUGUGUUUUAUUUGAUAUUUCUGUGGUAUUACCUGUAUUUAAGUAAAUAGUUUGUACUGUGAA